UCAUUCGUCUUUUUUUUUUCCUCUCUAUUAAAAGUGAUUGGAAGUGGAAGAUCGUAGUUUUCUGUAUUUAUCUAUACUUCGGCUAAAAUGCUGUGCGGCUUCUUCGAGUUCGAGACUUCUACGCGUGGACAACCAACAUGCAAGAAACCUCCACACCCACCCCAUCAGAUGGCUGAUUUCUCCCACCUAGUCGUCGGCGCCGGCGUCAUUGGCCUCUCAAUCGCCUCCCGUCUCGCUGCCCGCCGCGGGACCUCCGUCCUCCUCGUCGAGCGGCACAAUGCGAUUGGGACCGAGACCUCCGCGAGAAACUCGGAAGUGAUCCACGCGGGACUGUAUUAUCCGCCCGAGUCGCUCAAGACAGAAUUGUGUAUCCGGGGCAAGAAUAUGAUUUACGGGAUUGCGGAUAAGAUGGGAAUCGAGUAUCGGCGGUGUGGGAAAUGGAUUGUCGCACAGGAUGAAAAGGAGCACGAAUAUCUUGAAAAAAUGCACGAAAAGGCACUUCAACUAGGGAUCCCGACAGAGUUCGUCCCUCUAUCCAAAGCAAAAGACAUAGAACCAGCCGUUACUGCACGAAGAGCAAUUCUCAAUUCACCAUCUACAGGGAUAAUAUCCUCACACUCGCUAAUGGAGUAUCUCCUCGGCCGAUUCGAAGAACAUGGCGGCGACCUAGCUCUCAACACGACCGUCGCGAAUAUCGAGUUUGAUAGCUCGCGACAGCUAUAUACUGCAGAGUUCAAGUAUGGAGAGGAGGUUAUGAACCUGAGGUUCGAAAGCGUGGUUAAUGCUGCGGGACAUGGCGCUCCUGAUGUUUCGAAUAUGAUACUACCGUCUGAUCGACAUGUGAAGGGAUAUUUUGCUAAAGGAUCGUAUUUUUCGUACGGACUUUCGAGACCGAAGACUCAAAGAUUGAUCUAUCCUUGCCCUGCAGGCCACGCCGGCUUGGGAACCCAUCUCACACUCGACCUAGGCGGCCGCAUCCGUUUCGGUCCAAACGUGAAAUGGGUGUCCAGCGCAGACGAUCUCGCAGCCGAAGGCGAUCAGCUCGAAGAAGCGUACAGCGAAAUAACAAAGUACCUCCCGCACGUCGAAAAAUCAGCACUCGAGCCAGACUACGCCGGCAUCCGGCCAAAGAUCACGGGGCCGGAGCAUAAGGGAUUUGUGGAUUUCGUGAUUAGACAUGAGGAGGGGUUUCCGGGGUUUAUCAAUUUGCUGGGGAUUGAGAGUCCAGGACUCACGUCCAGCCUGGCAAUCGGAGAGAAAGUAGACUCCAUGCUGCGUUGAAACAAAACUACUCCACACUCGACAUAGACAAGCCGGUAUCGGCUGCAAUCUAUCAAUUCCCAGAUACACAUUCGAUUUUUGGCUUCCUAUAUAGCCAAUUUUGCUAAAAACGGAGAUCCGGUGUUUUAGGCCCGGGCCGAGCCGAUGGUCUUGGUCUUGAUUGAGAUCACGUGGAUGGGCUUUUUGCAGCACUGCAAGCUACUUUUGGGAGAUGGACACGGAUAAAGACAAUAGAGGGAAUUUGGCCAAUAGAACAGACAAAAAACAUAGC